UAUGGAGGGAUGUUAGGUUGAUGGCGAACGUAAGCACGAUGGAGAAAUGAAGGUGCGCGGUGCGGCCGAAUGGUUGAAGGCUGCGGCGCCGAUGGAGUUAACUGUGUUGUAGCCAGCUUGUGAUGUCGGCGUUGUUUCAUCUCUUGUGUCUUGUACUUAAAACAGGUGUUUGGAGAAGCUCGCGUAACCACAUUUAGUGGUCUUUGAAGCAGCUGUUUGCCAUGACAUCACAAAAUGUUUACACCUUUCCGAAUUUGAACAAAGAGCCGGACAACUUCUUCACUUACACCGAUGGAGUUCGGUUGCGGAAGACACCCGUUGUCAUUGAUAAUGGUUCUUAUGAGUGCAGAGUUGGCUGGGCGUCUGAUGAAGCACCACGAAUGAUAUUUAAAAACAUAACAGCGAAACAAAGAGGCAAGAAGGAAAGUGACGUACAAGUUGGAAAUGACAUUGCAAACAUCGAGGCUGUUCGGUGGCUACUGAAGACCCAGUUUGACCGAAACGUCGUGACGCAUUUUGACAUACAGGUGCAUUUACAUGGAGCCUUCUUAAAAGAACAUAUCUUUGACCACAUAUUCAGCCACCUUGGUAUCCCUACAGAAAAUAGGGUGGACCAUCCCAUUGUGAUCACAGAGGUUAUUGGCAACCCUAGUUACUACCGCCAGAAUAUGUCAGAACUGCUCUUUGAACAUUACCAUGUUCCCCAAGUACUCUAUGGCAUUGAUGCAUUGUUCAGCCUGCACCACAACUGCUCCAAGAAAGCUGAAAAUGCAUUGGUCGUGUCUUUUGGACAUCACACAACACACAUCAUCCCUGUACUGAAUGGGCGAGUUGACAUCGAGAACUCCAAAAGAAUAAGUCUUGGUGGAAACAACAUAACAGCAUACUUGCAGAGGCUCUUGCAAUUGAAGCACCCACAUCUGACAGCUGCAGUGACAUUGAGCAGAGCUGAGCAUCUGGUUCAUCAGCACUGUUACGUCGCAGAGAAUUACAUUGAUGAACUGGAAAAGUGGGCAGACAUUGACUAUUUUGAUCAGCACUGUCUACAAGUUCAGCUUCCAUACAACAUGACUUCCAGUGGUGUUAUUGGCUCUGGAGUUGGAAAGAUGGACAUCUGCUUCAACAUUGUAAAGAGAGUACAGGAGUCCAUAGCCAAGAAGAAACAAGACACGCUUGCAGAUGAUGAAGAAAAGCUGCAGCAGCUGAUUAGUAUUCAGGAGCUGUUGGAAUUUGAAGAUGAGGCAACCUUUCAGAGGACAUUACAAGAGUUGGGAUUUUCCAGUAUUGAAGAGCUUAGCUUGGUAAUCAAUGAGUUACGGCGACAAGUCCAGCAAGUGAAGAAUUCACUUGCCAGUGGAAGCAAUACAGAGCCCGAUCUCAUGGAGAGUGCAUUAAAACGAUCUUGUUCAGAUCUGGACCCUCGUUUCUUCACGGAACCUGAUGCUUGGAUAUCAGCUGUUAGGAAGAGAAGGGAGGAACUAAAAGAAAAGAAGAUGCUGCAGCAGCAAAGGUUUCUGGAGCGAGCACACAAUGCUGGACAGAAAGGAAAGUCAAGGAAAAGGGAGUCCCAGUUUUCGGACAGUGAGCUUGACGAUGCUGAUUAUGCCGAGGAAGGAGAAGAGAUGGAAGAAAUUAUUGCAGAGUUUGAAAGGGAGUUCAAAAAAAAACAACUUGGUGCAGAACAAGUGGGCACAAGCAUUGCUGAAUAUUAUCAACUUCAACUAGGAACUGAAAGGAUCAGGGCACCAGAGAUACUUUUUCAGCCAAGCAUAAUCGGUGUUGAACAGGCAGGUGUUGCCGAGACCUUGGAGUUUGUGUUCUCUAGGUACGCUAAAGAACAGCAGUCUUUCUUGGCUCAGAAUGUGUUCAUAACGGGCAGCCCAGCAUUGCUUCCUGGUAUUCGUGAACGCUUGUGCACAGAACUUUUGGCCAUGCGUCCCUUUCAAUCACUCUUCUCGGUAACAUUAGCAAAAAACCCAGCCUCGGAUAGCUGGAAAGGUGCAAGGCAAUGUGCUAUGCAAAGAGAUUUCCUCAGCAAGUUUGCUAUCAAAAGGGCGGAGUAUGAAGAGAAAGGUCCAGACUACCUGAAGGAGCAUUGCUAUUCUAACGUGUUAAGCUCGUCCAUUUUGCCAUCACCUGCAAAGCCUUUGACGUUGCAAUCUAGUACAUUGUGAUAGAUGUCAUUAUUUACGCAAAAAGGAAGAGGACACUCAGACAAAAUGUAAAUUAUCUUGACUGAAGUGUUUUGCCCUUGUAAACUAUUUCCAUUUCAUCAAGAGACAUUCUAUGGCUGUACGCAUUAUGUUGCUCAUUUCAGUUUAUGAUAAACAUGUUGUUUGUUUAGUUAUUUUUGCUUUGGGAUCCGAUAGUGUUGGGCAACACAGCUAAGGUCACUGGUUUUUUGCCUAGCUGGGACUGUGGUACUGAUAAUAGCAUACUACUGUAAUUAAAAUGUUUGCAACCAUAGUUUGCUGUGUUACGGAGUAGUUAUCUUUAAUUACUCCUUGAGCAUUCAAGUUUGGCUCUUUCAGGUGCUAAGAGCAGGAUACUAUGUUUAAAACAUGAAAAAGAAUAUAUAUGAAUUAUGAAGUUAACAGCAUCAACCAAUGAGUGGGAUUCAUUAAACUUUGCAUUUCGGCAUUUCGAGGCCAACUUGGCUCCUUUAAUGGUGGACAUCUGUGGAAUGCAGGUUUAGGGAAGAUCUUGAUAAUAGAGGGAAGGAAUUUCACCUAUGCUUGUGAGCUUGUUUUUCUGUUGGAGUUGAUCGACAAAGAUGUUAAAGGUGUAGAAGUGGUGCAUCGACUAGGGGUUGGUUGUUGACACUGAAGACAGGAGGCUACUGUUCUUGUGAACCCUUGUUUGCUCUUUAAAAAAAAAUUAAAUUAUGGGCUUUUACGUGCCAAAACCACUGUCUGAUUAUGAGGCACGCUGUAGUGGAGGACUCCGGAAAUUUUGACCACCUGGGGUUCUUUAACGUGCACCUAAAUCGAAGUACACGGGUGUUUUCCCAUUUCGCCUCCAUCGAAAUGCGGCCGCCGUGGCUGGGAUUUGAUCCCGUGACUUCGUGCUCAGCAGCCCAACACCAUAGCCACUGAGCAACCAUGGCGGGUUCUGUUUGCUCUUGAAUGUGGCAUGCAGACCAUUAAUAUAAACGGUGGAGAGCUUGCACGUAGAACAGUUGAUCUUGUUUAGCAUGUUCUGUAUGUGCCAUGACUCCAGUGACAGCCUUUUUCAAGUGUUGGUCUCUGUGGAAUUCCGAUUUCAUAAAAAGUGAUUUUGUGUUGGCAUCUUCUGAAGUUCAGUGAUGGCAUUUUGUACUAGUGAGGAAGUCCUGGCAUCGUUCUUGUGUUGCCUGAUUUUUAAUGCGAAAGCAUUAUAUGCCCAUUACGUGAGAAUCCGUCGGUCUUACCACUGAGCGGUGGUAUCAAAAAUGGCCGAUGGUGCAGAGUAAUAACAUCAAAAAUGCUUGGACUGACGUCAUAUUUCGCAGCGAGGAUUCUGUAAGCAAAGUAAAUCAAUGGCUUUGAAAAGAAAAUUUGGUAAAUUUCGGUCUGGGUAGGAAUUGAACCCAAGUGGGUGCGAGACGAGCAUGCUUCCCCAAUGCCACAACUGCUCCACGGUUCUUGCUUACUAAAGGUGUGCCUAGUGUGUGCUCAUUGCACGCGUUACAUCACAGCGAUCUGGCGGACUAAAGGUGUGGCCUAGUGCGUGCGUCAUGGGGCACGUGAUGGCGCAACCAAUGGGGAGGUGGUGGUGCCACGUCAUGAGUGCAUAAAAUGAGUGUAUAAAAUAAAAAGCAUUAAUGUUAUGAGCUCCUUGCGGCCAAGCGAGCGCGUUGUGGUUUGGCCUUACCAUAGAACGCAGGCGAGAGCUUGUGCGAACAAGGUAUGCUCAGAAAAAAACAUUUCACUGUAAUGCUUUCGCAUUCCCCACACUUAAGCAAUCUUAAGUGUUUCUGUAAUUUUUUUUCCAUUUCCCCACUGUAUGUUACCAGAGUUGGCACAUGAGAUCUUAAAUUGCUCUUGCAGUGACUGGCACUGUAGAAAUAUUGCUCAAUUGUCACGGCAUGUGCAUGCUAAAUAAUUGGCAUGUACUAAAAGCUGUGAAUGUUGUCUUACUAUUUAAUUUACUGCGUAUUACCACGUAUGACUCGAGGAGUAGACAUACAGAAUGAUUCACUUAAUAAAGGCAUUGAGCUUUGCUUGAUAAACUUAUUUUCAAUGAGAGCUCCUUGGGCUUUGCCAUAAUACCAUCUGGACUGUCUUGAGCCAACGUGAGCACCUGCUCGAAAGUACUAGGAGCAGCCGAAGUAUGUACACUUUACCCAUAUGCAAAAAAUCCAGAGAGGAGGAGCUCUCGUGUCCCGAUGAAAAGGUUACAUUGUGGUGUAUUGAUCACCUUCCUUGGAGCAAUUACCCCAAGGUGGUUGUGUUGGCCUAGAUAUGGAGAGUCGAUCUUUUUGUUUAUGUAGCUGACUUACGCAGAGAUUAUACCCACACCGAACUCCAUUUUCUUGUGGAUACUAAGUUGA